AUGGAUCGGCACUCACCGUUUACAUAUUCCUUCUCCCGAGCACAUUCGGACAGCUCGGAUAGCAAACGAGGGAAACGGCAUCGGGAGUUCGGCUUCGCUGCAGAUCAAGGUUCCGCCCUCAUAGUGGCCAACAAGCGACAUCGGUCAAGACCCAGGCGGUUUCCAGAGCGCGAGGCUUACUGCGACAACUCAGAAGAGUCAUUACCUGACCAAGAGAUGCCAAAGACUCGAAAGAAACCAAAUUUUGCGGUAGAGAUCCAGACAUCUAUUCGCAAGAAGCAAAAGCCAGUCCCUAAGAUGGGCGCGAUUGAAUCAAGCCCAACGGGCGUCAAACCCCACUCUAUCAAUUCCCCGACAAUUGAGUGGCCUUCCUUAAGAACCGAUGAUAGUCCAGCAUGCGAGAUAAAGCUCCUCAACCGUCAAAUUGAUUUCCUAGCAAUGCGAGACUGUCGGAAAUUAGAGAAUUUGGAGAAUCAACUUUUGAUCUUGAAGGAUGAAAACUCCAAGCUUCAUCGACAUCUGGAUUGGUACAGAAAGAUGGAAAAGGCUAAGGCGACUAAUUCCAGCAAUAUGGACGAGGUAAAAGAGUUAGCUGCGGAGCUUGAGCGGAAGAACAGCGAAAUCAUGGAGAAGAUCAAACAGACUGAGUGUGUCACAGAGCAGCUCAACUCAGCUGAGGGAUUGAACAUUAUCUUGAAAGACUUCAAGUUUGGCCAUGUUCAGGCUACAAGAUUUCUAGACGAAAUGGGCAAUCUUGAAAGAAACGCAUCCCGAGCCGCCCGUGUCUUGGUGCAAUGUUUGUCCGAUUCUAAGAUAGCAGUGCUAGGGAAAACACCCGAAAGAGAGGCGAAGCUUGACUUCUUGGUCAAAAGUACACUUGGUGCAGUAAAUGCACUGUCCACUCAUCCCAAGUUUGCGAUGUGUUCCCUUCUUUCAGGCUUUCUCCGGGAUGAAAUUUUUCACGCGGAUUGCUGGGGGGCUCUUUCGCGGGAGGGAUAUAUGUUGAGGGGUUACCAAGAGGUUAUUGAGAAGAGCUUUCCCAAGGGCACCCUGGAAGGCUUUCAUAGAGCUACGGUUGAGGUAAUGCUGGAGAAAAACCACCAGUUUCGUGAUUGCUGGGUCCAAUCUCAUGUGGAAAAUGCACGGUGCAAGUUUCUAAAACUUUGCAACCCGUUCCUCGAUGAAGCCAUGCUUGCCAAUAUAAAUUCAGACAUCCAAGAGGCUUUGAACCUUUUUCUGACAGACGCAUUUCAUUUUCGUGCUCGUUGCGUCCCACCCAAUGGAAGUCACUACGAAUUUGUGCAAUUCGAGCCAGGAGACUUAUUUGAUCCUAAUUUUAUGGAAGCACGGGAGGUAGAUGGUACCCUAGUGUCUGUUUCUGAUGAAAAUCUUUAUCUAGUCAAGCUUUGUGUUCACGGAUGUCUGGUAUCUCAUGCAAGAGAUGGGAAUUCAGUUGAUGCAAUAACUUCGAGGACGCUCGCUCAAGCGUUUGUUUCUACCAUGGAUGAGGGUAUUGGUACUACAGCAGGGGGGACUUUGAAGACUAUGAAAGCCAUUGUGUUGUUAGGUGACACUGUUGAGCCAUAA